AUGCAUCUUCAUUCGUGUAUACACUGUAUUUUUUUCCAGGAGAGAGAAUUGGCAGAUGAAGAGAUUGAAGAGUUGCGUGAGGCAUUCGUCGAGUUCGAUAAAGAUAAGGAUGGAUUAAUCAGCUGUAAAGAUCUAGGGAACCUGAUGAGAACCAUGGGUUACAUGCCUACAGAGAUGGAGCUGAUUGAACUGGGCCAGAAUAUCAACAUGAACUUGGGGGGGCAGGUGGACUUCGAAGACUUCGUGGAGCUGAUGGCGCCAAAACUCUUGGCUGAAACAGCCGGGAUGAUUGGAAUGAAGGAACUGAAAGAUGCUUUUAGACAGUUCGACAUGGACGGUGAUGGAGAGAUCACAACAGAAGAGCUAAGACAGGCUAUGACCAAGCUACUGGGGGAAACCAUGAGCCAAAAGGAGAUCAAUUCAGUGGUCAGAGAGGCGGAUAAUAACGGUGAUGGAAGGGUAGACUUCGAAGAGUUUGUGAAGAUGAUGUCAAGCUGCUGAAAGAAGUAUACAAGACAAUGCUUCAAUAUAUGCAAAAAAUACUGUACGUAUAUCCUGUAUAUAAAAAUUAAUAAUAAUAAUCGGCUGAAUUUACAUCAAUUGAUAUUUUCAGGAUGUAUAAAUAUAAAUAUGACUGGA